AUGGCCGGUCCGUUGCUCCGUUCCCUCUGGUCUACUUCCAGAAGAUCUGGUUCUGUCUCCUCCACCUCUUCCCCUUAUCUCAAGCUCCACAGCUAUGCACGCGCCGCCGGUUUUGGUCGCGCCUUCUCUACCUCCACAGCCACUGCCCCAGCCCCCGCGGCUGCACCUGGUGGCGCGGUGGAUCCGGGACUACUUAGGAACGUGGCCGUCAUAGCUCAUGUCGAUCACGGCAAGACCACUCUCAUGGAUCGGCUCCUACGCCAGUGCGGCGCUGACAUCCCGCACGAGCGCGCACUUGAUUCCAACAGCCUCGAGCGCGAGCGUGGCAUCACUAUUGCUUCCAAGGUUACAUCCCUGUCAUGGAAAGAAAAUGAGCUGAACAUGGUUGACACUCCUGGACAUGCUGACUUUGGUGGUGAAGUUGAGCGUGUAGUUGGCAUGGUUGAGGGAGCAAUUCUAGUUGUUGAUGCAGGUGAAGGACCACUUGCACAGACAAAAUUUGUUCUUGCCAAGGCAUUGAAAUAUGGCUUACGCCCUAUUCUUCUUCUAAACAAAGUAGACAAGCCUGCAGUUAGUGAAGAGAGAUGCAGUGAAGUUGAGAGUCUUGUCUUUGAUCUUUUUGCGAACCUUGGAGCUUCAGAGGAGCAGUUAGAUUUCCCUGUUCUUUAUGCUUCUGCAAAGGAAGGAUGGGCUUCGUCUGCCUAUACAAAAAGUCCUCCAAACAAUGCCAAAGAUAUGUCUGAAUUGCUAGAUGCAAUCAUAAGACAUGUUCCUCCGCCAAGUGCCAGUCUGGAUGCACCUUUUCAGAUGUUGGUUUCCAUGAUGGAGAAAGACCCUUAUGUUGGGCGAACAUUGACUGGACGUGUAUCUUCUGGAGUUGUUCGUGUUGGGGAUAAAGUACAUGGGCUUCGUAAUACAGACUCAGGGGUUGUCAAGAUUGAAGAAGGAAAGGUCACAAAGUUGAUCAAAAAGAAAGGUAUGAGUGCAGUUUCAGUUGAUUGUGCUGGUGCUGGUGACAUAAUAUCAAUGGCAGGGUUGACAACUCCAGCAAUUGGGCACACAGUUGCAAAUGUUGAGGUUUUGACUGCUCUGCCCACCGUUGAUCUAGAUCCCCCUACAAUUUCCAUGACUUUUGGUGUCAAUGAUUCUCCAUUGGCUGGUCGUGAUGGAAUUCAUUUGACUGGAGGAAAAAUUGGUGAUAGGCUAAUGGCUGAAGCAGAAACAAAUCUUGCCAUAAAUGUUCUUCCCAGUAAUUCAGAUUCAUAUGAAGUUCAAGGGAGGGGUGAACUUCAAUUAGGCAUCUUAAUCGAGAACAUGAGGCGUGAAGGUUUUGAGCUGUCUGUCUCUCCACCCAAAGUCAUGUACAAAUUUGAGAAUGGUCGAAAGCUUGAGCCUAUUGAAGAAGUAACCAUUGAGGUUGAUGAUGAGCAUGUUGGUUUUGUUAUGGAAACACUCUCUCACAGACGAGCUGAAGUAACUGACAUGGGCCCUGUCCCUGGCAAUGUUGGUAGGACUAGAAUGUGUUUGACUUGUCCUUCAAGAGGAUUAGUUGGUUACCGAAGUGUGUUCAGUAGUGACACCCGUGGCACAGGAUUUAUGCACCGUGCUUUUCUUAAUUAUGAGAAGCAUCGUGGUCCUCUUGGAAAUGUCAGGAAAGGCGUGUUGAUAUCUAUGGGCUUUGGAACAAUCACAGCUCAUGCAUUGAUGAGUCUGGAAGCUCGGGGUGUCCUCUUUGUCACUCCCGGGAUGGAUGCAUAUGAUGGCAUGAUUGUUGGAGAACAUUCACGAGACAGUGAUCUUGAUGUUAACCCAGUAAGGACAAAGGAACUUACCAAUGUACGGGCCGCUUCCAAGGAUGACAAUGUGAAGCUCUCUCCUCCUCGAUUGAUGACUCUCGAGGAAGCAAUAGGAUACGUUGCAUCAGAUGAGCUUAUUGAGGUUACACCGAAAGCGAUUAGGCUAAGAAAGAGAUACUUGGAUGUCAACAAGCGCAAAACUAUGAGGAACAAACCCAAGGAGUGAAGCCUCUAAAAUCUCGAGAUAUGUUGUCUAAGGAACAUACAAUUUUGUAAGGUUUUUUAGUAACACUAUAAUUGAGUGGUUAUUGGAGUACUAUUGCAUGGUUAAUUUAUGAAAUUGUUAACUCCAUAUACCCUAUAGGUGCUUCCAUAUUUUUAUACAUACAUAAAAUUUGUUGUAUAUACUCUUUUAACACCAUUGAAGAGAGAGAUGGCCAUACUACUGUACCAUGUGGUAGAAUCAAUAAAAGAAACUGAAUUAUUCAA